UCUCAUUUAGCCUGAAUAUUCCAUUAUCCAGGCCCGGUAUCAUUGUCCCCGAUAUCAAUGAUGGCCUCGCCGCCCAAUGACAUGCAGCACCGCUUCCUGGGCAACACUGGAUUGCUGCUGUCGAAGCUCUCGUUCGGGAGCUUCGUGACCUUUAACACGCAACUAGAUUUUGAGAAAUCGUACGCCGUCCUGGAGCGAGCGUUCAAGCGAGGCGUCAACUUCUUCGACACUGCAGAGGCCUAUGCAGGCGGUCAAUCGGAGGAGUUUAUGGGGAAGAUCAUUGCGACGGGCAUUGAACGAGGCGUGUGGAGUCGAGAGGAUCUCGUCUUGAGCACCAAAAUCUUCUUCGGCACCAAACACGGGACUGACCAAAAGGCGGGGCCUAACGAACAGGGACUCAGUCGCAAGCACAUUGUGGAAGGAACUAAAGCCUCGCUUAAGCGUCUCGGGCUCGAAUAUGUCGAUACCAUCUUCUGCCACCGACCAGACCCAUGCACACCAAUCGAGGAAACCGUGCGGGCGAUGAACUACGUGAUCAACCGCGGCUGGGCUUUCUAUUGGGGGACUAGUGAGUGGAGCGCACACGACAUCAUCGAAGCGUGCGAGAUCGCAGAUCGCCUAGGACUCGUUCGACCGGUGAGAGCUUGUAGUUGGGUGGGCAAUGGUGUUGGACUGACAAAGAUGUAUGACAGGCGUUCGAUCAACCGCAGUAUCAUAUCCUCGAGCGGUCACGUGUUGAGUUCGAGUACAAUGUUCUGUACGAGACAUAUGGCUAUGGGCUUACGACGUGGUCCCCUCUUGCAUUCGGCAUCUUGACUGGCAAGUACAGCAAGGGGAUUCCUGAGGGCUCCCGCCUGUCGAUAUCGUCGUACAUGAACUACGUGGCCGACGGCUUUGAGACAAAGGUCGCUAAAGCUGACAAGUUGACAACGAUAGCAAAGGAAGUCGGUUGCACACUUGCUCAACUUGCAAUCGCAUGGUGUGUUUCCAACAAGCACGUCUCAACUGUUAUCCUUGGUGCAUCUAGCGUGGCGCAGCUGGAUGAAAACCUCGACUCCCUCAACUUCGUGGACAAACUAACACCAGAGAUUCGAGCCAAAAUUGACGAGAUCGCCGACGUGCGUCUGUCGAUCCCUGAUCCGGAAGCAAGGUUGGUUGUAAUGCGAAAGCAGUGGCUGUAGCGCAAGCAUUGCUCAAAAUCCAUUUGCUACUUGGAGAAUUGAUAGUUUCUCACAUACAUAAUGAAGCAAAUGUCGGUAUCACUUGCACCCAAGCCAUGCUUCAUAUACUGGAGUACAUGGAUCAUCCACACCUUGUGCUAUCUGACGCCGUCGCAUUUCAAUUGGGUAUUUACUGGGCGUACAUGCAGUUCCCAUGAACCUCGCGUUGUAGCAAAUCGCCUUCGGAAUACCUGGAAGCUCACAUUGACGAUAUAAUAUCCCGCCACACGAUGUCAUACUUUCCUC